UUGGACAAUCUAUAAUAACGGUGUUGCAAACAUUUCUUCCCUGAAGCGGGAAUACAUUGUUUAGUAUAAUAGUGUUUGCUUAAUGACUUCUUUACAAGUAAAACCAUUUCUGUAGGCAUUUCAGAAUUGCGACAAAUUCGCAAAACGCAGUCUUCAUAGCGGUGUAGUGUAUGGGAAAACAAUAUAUUCGUUAUUUACAUACAUUUGUCUGCCUCAGCGUUUGACUUCGUUCUAUUCGCAGGACUGAAGUGGCGCGGUGAAGUCUUCCCUGUUAAUGACGACGUAAUUUCAAAUACCGAAGACAAUAUCUGAUGGAUUUAUUCAGUGUUUUAUAUUAUGUGAAAUAAUAAAGGUGAAAUUUGUUUUAGUGAAUGUGCUAAUGUGAGGGACAGGCUAUAACAUAUUAAAAUGGAGAUAAUUUUAUUGUGUGUUUUUGGUGUUUUAUUCGUUACGUUAGCGGCUAUGGUGUUAGGUAAAUCCAGGGGUGGCACGUGCCCGCCGGGGCCAAGUGGGAUCCCUUUUUUCGGGCAGGCCUUCAGUUUGUCUGUCAACUCCGCUCAUCUGCAGUUCUCCGAGUGGGCGCGCCAGUUUGGGGAUAUUUUCAUGUUCAGUAUGUUUGGAACGAAAGUUGUGGUAUUAAACAGUCCAGAUCUCAUCAAGAAGGCCUUUGCCGGGAAAGAGCUGGCUUUGAAGCUAAGUGACAGGCCCCCGUCCUUCAUUGGACACUAUGUUGCAAAUGGAUACAAAGACAUUCUGUUCAGAAGGUAUGAUGAAUUGUGUUCAAAAUUUAAGGCUUUGACUUUAAAGGCCAUGUAUACUGUGAGAGAUGAAAAUCAAGACUUUGAGAGUAUUCAAAUGGCGGAAAUAAACGAUUACGUUCGGAAUAUAGCUGAUAACGACGGAGAUGUGAAUAUUAUAGCGCCACUGCAGAACACUCUUUGUAAGCUCAUAGGAAUCAUGUUUACGGGCAAGCGCCUGGAGGAUGACGAUCCGGCUCUGCAGGCGAUUGCAAGUUUUGAUGAAGUAGGCAAUGAGCUCAUCAAUCCAGCCGUACACCUGGUCUUCAAAGUAGCGCCCUGGAUUAGAUACCUGCCAGGUUACUAUGGUAACCUGUACCGAAAAGUUAUGACGAGCAAGGAAAGCCUUCGGAAUGACCUAGUUAAUACAUUGAAGUCCCAGCUACAAGACGACAGUGUGAGCUUACUGGCGGAGCUGUUUAAGUUGCAGACGACGGAAACGUGGCUAACAGACGACCACGUGCUCGGCGUCGUCAUGGAUCUCAUUAAUACGUCUACGCUAACGUCACGUGGUGUUUUGUCCGGAAUCUUGUUCCUGCUUGUACAUCACCAGCAAGUGCAGACAAGAAUUCGACAAGAGAUUGAUGACGUCAUAGGCCAGGAAAAGCAGCCCACAGCAGACGACAUGUACAGAAUGCCAUUUACAUACGCCUGCAUACUGGAAACACUGAGGUACCAAUCCCAUCUUGCCCUCACCGCGACUCACACGAACGCGGAGGAAAACAUAGAAAUAGAGGGGUAUUGCAUCCCUAAAGGCACGUCUGUUUACGGCAACCAGUGGCACGUGCAUCACGACGAAAGCUUGUGGACGGAUCCUUGGAGUUUCCGGCCCACGCGCUUCCUGCAGGAGGACGGCUCCCUACUGACGGAAACCAGCGAACUCAGGCACAGUUAUUUUAUGCCAUUCGGUGUGGGUUUUCGAUCAUGCAUGGGCGUGAAGACCGCAUACAGCCGCAUGUUCCUGUUUGUCACCGCGUUGUUACGUAACCACGAGCUCCUCCCGCCAAGUUCCGGCAGCCUGCCGUCUUCCGAUCCAAGGGAGCUAGCUCCGGGAACAGUCCUCCAGGCGCCAGACUUCACAUGCAGAGUUGUGUCCCGUUGAUCAAGAAAAACAUAAACGUUGUUUUAAAUCUUUUAAAGAUGCACUCAUACUCCCAAAUAAGAUUCACCAUAAUUGAUAUUAGUGUUUAAAUAUUCCAAAAAGGAUGAAUAAAUGUCGAAAACAGUGGUUCCCAUAGAGGAUACCGAGUUUAAUUUGAAAGAAAUGAUCAUUAAACACGGUAUUUCUACCUUAUGAGACUAUAGUAGACCAUAGUAUUAAAAUAUAUUUGCAUUCACCAAUUAUUUAAUAUUUUUGCGCUUUCUGCUAUAAUAUACACGGUUACAAACUCGUUUUCAGUAAUUAAUAUUUUCCAUAAAUGCAUUAUUUAGUAAAUAGUUGAGGGUUUAUCACUCAAAAUAUAUGUUUGUUAUACAUAUGUUUGUAUUGAUUUUGAAUAAGAGUGUCACUUUAAAUUUAUUUAACAGGAUCGUUAAUAGAUUUGUUAUGAUAGUUGCUCUGAUUAUUUCUCUAGUCAACACACAUAUAUAUGUGCCAAUCAUUUCUGUGUACAUGACAGUGUAUAAUACAUGUUUUUAUUUAACUUAUUUAUCAUUAUUGUAUACUGCUUGCUAUUUUGCUAUCUUGCCAUUAAUAUUUUAACAAUGACUUAAUACUACUUUAUUUAUACAGAACUGUUGUGUUUUUUUUCUUAUUACUUAUAACUUAAUAGGUUUAACAAUAAAUACAUCUUUGUUUCUGUUAAUUCACCAGCAGUGUUCUCCCUUUGUCUUAUUUUGUUAUUUAAAACGAAGCUAAAACCAUGUUCAUUUGCACACUGUAAUCGUUUGAUUUCUGUUUUUAAGUUGGGCGAACAUCGCAAAAUGAAUAAUAUUAAUAAUUCCGUGAAAGUUGCAAUAUGUUUUCGGAAUGUUAUCACUUUAUGUAAACUGAAUCUCACGCUAAUAAAUUUUGC